CGCCUGUCAGUCACUUCCAGCUGUCAGAUUCAGAAAUACCCUACUGCUGUUCUCCCGAAGGAAAUACAGUGAACCUUCACAACGAGCAAGACAUUUCACGGAGAAGAUGGUGAUUUAGAUAACAAGGGGUGUUCAACUCCCUCCUAAGGCAGCUCCGGCCGUCACUAUGGAGACAGGCGGCAGAUAUGUGGUCAUCCACGGGAAGAACAUCUCUCAUGGCUCCCUGACGAUCCCUGGUGGUGGCGCUGGUGCCGGGCCUCAUAUGUCCAUCGAUAAACUGUUCCCUGCCCUGCUCGAGUGCUUUGGCAUUAUCCUGUGUGGAUACAUAGCUGGCAGGGCUGAUGUGAUCACCGAAAACCAAGCAAAGGGUCUGGGCAACUUUGUGUCGAAAUUUGCCCUCCCGGCUCUGCUGUUCAAAAAUAUGGUGCUGUUGGAGUUUGGCGACGUCAUCUGGUCCUUCCUGUGGAGCAUCUUGGUUGCCAAGGUGGCUGUGUUCACCCUGGUGUGUGUUCUCACGCUGAUGGUUGCCAGUCCGGAAAACAGGUACGGCAAAGCCGGACUGUACGCCAUCUUUGCCACACAAAGCAACGACUUUGCCUUGGGCUAUCCCAUAGUGGAUGCUUUGUAUCGGAGCACAUACCCGGAGUACCUGCAGUACAUCUACUUGGUGGCCCCCGUGUCGCUCAUGCUGCUCAAUCCCAUCGGCUUUGCCCUAUGCGAGGUGCAGAGAUGGAGGAGGCGGACCGACCCCCAUGUGGAGCGAAGCACGGCCAGAGUGUUGGGUGUUGUCACUCUACAGGUGUUAAAGAACCCAAUCGUGUUCAUGGUGGUCAUGGGCAUCGUCUCGCAUUUUGCUCUGGGCCAGAGGAUCCCCGACGUGCUGUCCCAGUUCAUCAAUGGCCUAGCCAACUCUUUCGGAGGUGCCGCUUUGUUCUACCUGGGCCUCACCAUGGUUGGACAACUGAGGAAAUUGACGCGUGACGCCGGCGUCGCGUUGAUUCUCCUUAUCACUGCAAAACUUCUGUUGAUGCCGCUGUUCUGCAAAGACAUGAUGGACAUUCUGGACGUGGGCGUCAACAGCACCAGCGCCAACCACACGAGCCUGUCAAACUUUGCCUUCCUCUACGGUGUCUUCCCGACUGCGCCAAGUGUGGCCAUCUACGCUGGACACUACGGGAUGGAGCUGGAGGUGGUGACGUCCGGCAUGGUCAUCAGCACUUUCCUCUCGGCGCCCAUCAUGUACGUCUCAGCCUGGCUGCUGACCAUCCCGCUGAUGGACCCCGCACCUCUGGUGGCCGAGCUUCAGAAUGUCAGCUUCAACAUCAGCAUCAUCUGCCUGCUGACGCUGGUUUGGACCAUAGCUGUGAUGCUGCUCAGUGGGAAAUUCAAGCGUCUUCCUCACCUCUUCGCCUUAAAUCUCUUCUUGGCUCAGUUCCUGGUGUGUGUGAGCAUGAUCCUGUGGAACUUCCUUGCCAAGCAACAGGAUAAUCUGGCGGGCAAAAUGCUGGCCUUUGCGCUGCUCUACGGCUCUCUGUACAGCACGUACAUUUGGACGGGUUUAAUCCCUCUGUGCUUGGCUCUGACCAGCAGAGAUGAUCUGCUCAGACUCCGGCCAGCUAUUUUCAUGAUUCUGGGUUGGGGGGUUCCUUUCUUCAUGGUGGGAGGUCUUUUGAUAGUGGGCCAAAGGACCGACUCCAUCGAUUCUGCCUUCUUCUAUGGAAAGGCUCAGAUUUUCAGCACAGCGGCACUACUGUCAUUCAGCCUGGCGCUGGCUGCCGUUUCUCUGAUGGGCCUCAGCCAAGGCGACCGCCAGCUGAGAGGCUACCACGUCCUGAGCCGGGCGGCGGCGUUACCUGCCUCCAGUGAGGAGCAGCUGAGGACACCUGCUGAUUUGGAAGACCCGCUACCACAACAACAAGAGCAGACAGCGGAACUUUCACCUUCUGUCUGCAGUAUUAAUUCUGACCUCCAUACGUCCCCUCCGCUCCAGUCCAUGCCGGAUAUGAUCACCAGCACGCAGAGGAACCAUGGCAACAGCAUAGGCAGAAAUACAAGUUGUUGUAUUGUAGAUGGCAAUGAUUUCCUGCACGUUUGUGAUUGGAUAUUUGAUGCAAUGUUCUCUGCAGGCCACAUGGGGACGCUGUGCGAUGGGCAGCAGCAGAGUACGUCGUCUUCGGAACAUCUGUUGAAUUUAACGGCACCUGAGCAUCAGCAAGCCGCAGAUGACAAGCAGACAGCCAGACAUGUUCUGCUCUGUCUCUUGCUUAUUGUCAGCCUGCUUGCGAACCUGUCGAGCUGCCUGUGGUGGUUGCUGAACAAAGACCCCGGCCGCUUGUACUUGGAGCUUCAGUUCUUCUGCGCCGUGACCAACUACGGCCAAGGCUUUCUGUCGUUCGGGAUCUUCGGCCUGGACCGUCACCUCAUCCUCCUGCCCUUCAAGAAGAGAUUGUCGGCGUGGUGGGGACGAGACGCUGAACGGGGCGGUUCGGCGGGAGGACCUCGCGAGGAGGUCCGGCUCACGUGCACACAGUUUGUGCGCUACCACAAAGAGCACUGCGUGCAAGGGCUGCUACACGUGCGCAGGUAUGGACCUGUCUGUGGGCAUGCAGGUGCGUGCACGGGUUCCAGAAUGACCUUAUACAGUGCUGUGAAAGAGUAUUCGCCCCCUUCCUGAUUUGUAGUCUUUACAUAUUUAUCACAUCCAAAGGUUUCAGUUCAUCAAACCAA